AUGAAUCAACUAUUAAGUGCAUUAAAUACGGUCUCAGACAAAUUUGAGGUCAUACAAACAAAUGGAGAAUUGUUGCGAUCGCGGCAUAGGUUACACGAGACAGCUCUUUUGUGUUUUGGUGGCGGAUAUGAUCUUGGAUUUCUCUCAUCGCUGAAACCCGAAGGAUGUGCUAUUGUACGUGAUUAUAUUCAAUCAGGAGGAAAAUACCUCGGUCUCUGUGCUGGAGCCUAUUUUGCCUCUUCGCGUUGAGAUGCGGUUGGACCUCAUUUUCCCGGUUUUAAAUACAAUAGUGAAACGGGCAGUAGUGCCGUGUCAGUCGUUCGAGCCGAUAUUGGGAGUACAAAUGCAAGUGUUCCAGCCGCGCUUGCCUACUUCAACGGUGGGUGCACUUUCCGCUCAGUGGAGUGGAAGAACUCGACAGUUCUUUAUAACUAUGGCAAUUCGAGUGACCCGGCAAUAAUCCUCUCCCAUUUGGGCAAAGGUAUGGGUAUACUUAGCGGUGUUCAUAUAGAAUACAAUCCAAGCGAUUUGGAGGCUCUGAAUGCCGGAGCACAUUCGCAGUCCGUGGCAUCCAAAUUGAAAGCGGACGAUGCAAAUCGGUUGCAGCUGUGGCAUGAACUUUUAUCCAUCUUAAUUGAUUUGAAAAAUUAG